AUGUUCGUUCGAAACGAUGCCAAGCAACUCAUCUUCUGCAGGUCCAAGUGCCACAAGAACUUCAAGAUGAAGAGGAAUCCCAGGAAAGUCAAAUGGACCAAGGCUUUCAGAAAGGCUGCAGGAAAGGAGAUGACGGUGGUGAGUGUCUUGAUUCCGGGCUACUGGCGACGACAGGAUUCAUCUACCAGCGCCUGCAUCGCCAAGGGAGGGUGACGGUGCACGAUGACUCCUCUUACCCGUGCUGACAUUCCACCCCUUUUCUCUUUCCACGCCACUCAAAGGACUCGACGCUGGAGUUUGAAAAGCGUCGCAACGUCCCAGUGCGGUACUCGCGCGAGCUGGUGCAACAAACUCUAAAGGCGAUGGAGCGCAUCGCCGAAAUCCGAGCCAGGCGAGAGAAUGCCUUUUACAAGGCGCGCAUGCUCAAGGCCAAAGGAGGCGCAGCUGCUCGUCAAGAGAAGGACCGUUUGGAGGUGCACAAGAAUAGGCAUUUGCAAGGUGCCCUCGGAGCGGACAGGAAACGCUUGGCCGCGCAAAAGGAAAAGUUGGAGAGGAUCCAGGUGCAGAACAAGGCCAGAAACGCGGCCAAGAAGAGCGCUUUGACACAGGGAAGCGGCCAGGCCAUGUGAGUUGCCCCAAUGGUGAUCACAAUGAAUGUCCAAGCUGACUGUUCUCCGCAUCGCAGGACUAUGCAGGUCGAUUAA